UUAGGCAUAUGCAUAGUAAGUAAAUAUAAACACGGUAUUCAAAUUUCUAAAUAUUCUACAUGUAGAUAAAAUAAUUUAAAUUUGCGAUCUGCGUUAUUCUCAAAAAUAAUUUGAACUUAAAUGUUGUGGACAUAAGUUAAAGUGAAAUUAUCAUAUUAAAAUACCUAAUCUGACUUUUACUAAUUUUAUGAAACGUGUAGGACGAUAUUUGGCGAAAAAGAUUUUUCCAUUAUAAAUAUUAACAAAAAUAACUAUCACUGUUAAACAGUGCAUCGAAUGUUUAUUUCUACCUAUUAUGAGCAUUACCAGAAAUUUAAGUUUAAUUUUGAGCAAAGUACCUGUUAUUAAAGAAAAGUUAUUUUCACAAAAAUAUUUACUUUAUACAAAUGUAACAAUAUCUAUUUCUCUUUCUGCCAUAGGAGAUGUAUUAGAACAACAUUAUGAAAUAUUGAAGAAUGAAUGGGAUAAAUGGAGUAUAAAUAGAACACGAAACAUGGCAUUAUCUGGCAUGUCUAUUGGUAUAGUAUGUCAUUAUUGGUAUAAAUAUCUAGAUAAUAGAUUACCAGGUCGUACGAUUGCUAUUGUUUUGAAAAAGGUUGUUAUAGAUCAAUUAGUGUGUUCUCCACUUUGCAUCACAAUGUUUUUUUUAACAUUAGGUAUUUUAGAAAAAAGUACUUGGACAGAAUUAAAAGGUGAAAUUAUUAAGAAAGCACAUAGAUUGUACAUAGCAGAAUGGGUUAUUUGGCCACCAGCCCAAAUUUUUAAUUUUUACUUUCUGCCAAAUAGAUAUAGAGUACUUUAUGAUAAUACUAUAUCUCUAGGCUAUGAUGUGUAUACUAGUCAUGUGAAACAUGAUAAUUUAAUACACAAUGCAAGAAAUAAUUUGCAUUAAUAAAUUUUUAAGGUAGACGAAUUAUCUAAGUAAAUAUAUAAGUAAUACAUAAUGAUGUUAUUUAAAAAAAAUAAUAAAUAACUACAAGUUAUAAAUUGUACAUGUUCUAUUUAUCAAUCUAAAAGAUGAAAAUAUAUACAUAUAAAUAAUGUAUAAAUAUUUUAGAAACAGAAA